CUCUAUAUAACAAAGAGAGCAGAGGCACAUUUCUUUCCAUCAAAAUCACAGAUCAUUCAUUAAUGGCAGAGAAGGGCGAAGAAAUGAAGCUCUUGGCGACCUGGUUCAGCCCGUUUGCUCACCGGGUCAUAUGGGUCCUGAAAAUGAAGGGCAUAGAGUACGAGUACGUUGAAGAAGACCUGGGCAACAAGAGCCCUCUUCUUCUCCAAUCCAACCCGGUUCACAAAAAGGUUCCAGUUCUCAUCCACAAUGGAAAGCCCCUGGCCGAGUCGCUCGUCAUCGUCCAGUACCUCGACAGCAUCUCCAAGUCCAGCCCCGUUUUGCCGGAUGACCCUUACCAGAGAGCCAUGGCCCUUUUCUGGACCAACUUCGUUGAAGAAAAGUUUACUGACCACGUAAGGAAAGUGCUGUUCCUGGGGGGAGAGGAGCAAGCAGCCGGAGCAAAAGGAGCAGAAGCGGCGCUGGCGACGCUGGAAGAGCAGCUGGCGAAGAAGAAGAGCAAGUUCUUCGGGGGAGAGAGCAUCGGGCUGGUGGACAUUGCGCUGGGCUACAUCUCCGUCUGGCUGGAGGUGAUCGAAGAAGUUGGCGGCAUCAAAGUGUUCGAUUCGGAGAAAUUCCCGUGUCUGGCCAAGUGGAUGCAGGAUUUCUUGGAGAUCCCGACGGUGAAGGAGAACCACCCAAACAAAGCCGAUCUGAUCCCUUAUCUCCGCGGCCUCCGGCAACUGGGUCCGGCGGGCGCCUUUCAACAACAUUAAUCAAUGAGUGAAUUCCAAUUUGCAAGGGUGGGUUCUGUUACGGCGCUUUCGGACAUUAAUUCUUAAUAAAAAUGUAUUUAUAUGUUGGUGGGCUCUACCCAUUCCUUUUUAUAAUCUUAAAGGUAGCUUUCUUU